AUGGCCUUUCAUUUCGAUCCACGAAGAGAUCUUCCUCCUCCCAACAUCGAGCCCAGUUCAUACUACACGUCCCGUCGUACAGCCUCCUACGGAAUACCACUCAAGAAGGCCAAGGCCAAGCAAUGCUACGAUUGGAUCUUCUCAAGCGCCUCGAAUGUCCACGUUGCUAUUGAUCGGGCUGCCUUCAAAACAUACUUCCCUUUCAGAUCCUAUGUCCUCACAGUGGCAGACCAACGUCAGGUCUUUGUUCGUGGCAUCGGAACGGUCGAGGUGAAGAUCCGGCGAGAGCCAGGAGGUAAAGACAGUCACACGGUCUGUUUGGAGAACGUGCUCCACAUCCCGGAUUGGAUCUGCAACAUUGUAUCGGACAUUUGCUUCGUCCCGGCGGCCAAGCACGAGCACAGUUGGACCGAGUUCGGAGUCAACUUCUUUGUGCGUGAGAAGGAGUCUUUGAGACCAUGGGGAUACACGGAGAACUUCUGUGGCUUGGACCGCUUAGUUCUGUCCCGGAAUCUGCACGGUCGAAGCCCCAUGCUGGAAGACGCCGAUCGCGAAGUUUUCUGCGUGAGUUUGACGUGGCCGGAGAGUCAGAGGGACAAAUGGGAUGAACUCAUCGCUCAAGGUGUGCGGCAAGAGGCUGAAAGGCUAGAGAAGGGGUUUAGACGGAAAAAGGUUGAAGAUGAGACCAAGGGUCUGAAGAGAGAUGUCAAGAGCACCCUCGUCGAACAAAGCAAGUGGAAGCCAAUGCCGGAUGUGACGGCCACUAUGAAAAAGCAAUGGAAGAGUGGACUCAACGAGAGCGAUGGCGGACCGCAGCUGAUGGCAAGAGGAUCAAGUCUCAUGUUUGAGAGUCACCGAGCUUGA